AUGAGAGCACCCAUUUCGAGACUUCCGCUUAAACUAUAUUUGGCUGCAACAAACACAAUAGUUGGGGCCUUGCUUGCCCAGGACAAUCAUAAUGGAGACGAGAAUCCCAUUUACUAUGUGAGCAGGCAAUUAAGGGGAGCAGAAACGAGAUACCCAAAGAUCGAGCUCUUGUGUCUUGCUCUUGUCUAUGCUGCACAGCGCUUGCGACAGUACUUUCUAGCUCACAAGCUACAGCUCAUAGUAAAAUUCGAUCCUGUGAGAUAUCUGCUCACAAGGCCGGUGCUAUCUGGUCGUCUUGCGCGUUGGCUGCUGCAGCUAUCUGAAUUUGAUAUUACAUGCACAACUCCUAAGGGCAUCAAGGGACAAGCUGUGAUUGACAUGCUGGCUCUAUUUCCCGAGAUAGAAGAAUCAACUCUUUCCAAGGAAGUUUUGGGGGAACUGCCAGAAAUAGUGGAUGCUGUGAUGGAGGAGGAGCCAUGGAUCCUCUACUUUGAUGGGUCUUCCACAUCAAAAGGUGGAGGAGCAGGUGUAGUGCUCAUUAAUCUUGAUGGGCAUGCUACAACUCUCUCAUUCAAGUUAGAUUUUCCAUGCACAAACAAUGUGGCAGAGUAUGAGGCUUUUGUUAUGGGAUUGUUCACUGCCAGGGAAAUGGGUGCAGAAAGGAUGAAGAUCAUUGGCGAUUCUAAUUUGGUGCUAAGUCAAUUGCAAGGAAGCUUUGCUGUGAAUGAGGUAACCUUGGCACCAUAUCGGACAGCUGCUGAAAGGCUUAUUAAUUCUUUCAAGCAAAUAGUGAUGGAGCACAUUCCGGGAGUCACCAAUAGGUAUGCUGAUGCCUUGGCUACGCUGGGAUCAAAGCUCUCAUUCGUACAGGAGCAGCACAAUAUUACAGUAAUAAGGAAAGGCACACCGAUAGUCGAAGCAAUGGUCUAG